CUUACCUUAAAAGUGAUGAAGGAAUGUUUUGUCACUUGAGUUCCUACUCGGCAUAAACAGAAUUAGUGGGUCUUAGUCAACUGGCCGAAGAAACCUAAAAUGAAUGUUCCCUUGUAGUUGCAUGGACUAGAAUUCAUUGCACCAUACCAUUAUAUGAUAUGAAGUAUGAAGUAUGAUCCUUCUACUUACUGAGCAUGAACCUUCUUCUUCUUUAUAUAUUGUGGAGGAGAGUGCACUUACUUUUAAUAAAAGUUGAAAUCUUGAGCUGAUCCCACAAGUGACGUGUCCAUCCUCCAACCUCCAUAAAUACAUGACCACUCUACUACUCUCUUCCCCCCUUUUCCCUCCUUUGAUUUCACGUACAAACACACAAAUUAAAAAACAUUGACGUAUAGUAGUUGAAGAUGAUGUUUGAAGAAGAUGCGGCCGCCAUGGUGAUUGAUGACUAUGAUUUCAGUAGCAGUGAAAUCCAGCAACUUCUAUCUGUUUCCUCAGACACGGACGAGAAAAAGCGGAAACGGCGGAUACUGAACCGGGAAUCAGCGAGGAGGUCGAGAUUGAGGAAGAAAAUGCAAUUGGAGAAGCUGAAGGAGCAAUCGAAGGUGCUCGCCGUCGAGAACCGGGAAUUGAAGAGGCAGUUGUCCGUGGUUGCGCACCGGUAUCAACUCCUCCGAACGGAGACGAACCGGCUUCUGUCGGAGGCCGUUAUCCUCAAACGACAACUCGCCAUUUUGUCCCGCCGCCUCUUGCUCGCCCCCCGCCUUCAACGCCUGCAUUAUAGUAUGUAACUAACACAUGAAAUUAAAUUAAAUUAUUCUCCAAACACUCACCCUCGUUAAUUAAAGUUGAGGCUUAUCAUCAUGAUCAUCUGAUCAUCAGCGUUACGUUGUAUAUAUUCCGAUCCAUGAUAAUAUAUAUUAUACUGCUGGUGUUUAUAUA